UCUCUCUCUCUCUCUCUGAGCAAUGGCAUUCUCCUCAGUACUCUCGGCGGUCCCAAGAAGGCUGGAGGGAAAGGUGGCUCUGAUAACCGGAGGAGCCAGUGGCAUUGGAGAAUGCACAGCCAAAAUCUUUGUCCAGCAUGGGGCCAAAGUCGUCAUUGCAGAUAUCCAAGAUGAUCUGGGCCAUUCGGUUCGCGAGUCCAUCGGGCCAUCGGACUGCACGUUCGUCCACUGUGAUGUCACAGAUGAAGCCCAAAUAAAAGAUGCCGUACACAAAGCCGUUGCCACAUACGGAAAACUAGACAUCAUGUUCAACAACGCAGGCGUAGUUGACCCAAACAAAGCCCGAAUCAUCGACAAUGAAAAGGCAGAUUUCGAGCGCGUGCUUAGCAUAAAUGUCACCGGAGUUUUCCUCGGCAUAAAGCAUGCUGCCCAAGCCAUGAUUCCUGCGCGGACGGGCAGCAUAAUUUCAAGUGCUAGUAUAAGUUCAUAUGUUGGUGGUGCAGCCUCACAUGCAUAUUGUUGUUCCAAGCAUGCAGUUAAUGGCUUGACAAAAAAUGCAGCCGUUGAGUUAGGUCAGUUCGGGAUCCGAGUGAACUGCUUGUCGCCGUACGCGCUCGCAACGCCGUUGGCUCGGAAUUUUGUGGGGGUUGAGGAUGAGGAGCUUGAGAAUGUGAUGGGAUCUCUAGCCAACUUGAAGGGCGUGACACUUAAGGCGGUGGAUGUGGCAAAUGCAGCUCUAUAUUUGGCAAGUGAUGAGGCUAGGUAUAUUAGUGGGCAUAAUCUCUUGAUAGAUGGGGGUUUCAGCAUCCUUAAUCCCUCUUUCGAAAUGUUUCAGUACCCUCAAGAGCCUUGAUCUUUUUUUCUUUUUGGUUUUUCAAAAAAGGGAUCAGUUGAUGGUCUUGUCAUGAUAGUUUAUCCUCCAAAGCCUUGAUCUGUUCAACUGCUAUAGAUUUUUUUUUUUUC